AUAAUACAAUUUCCUCGAGAAUGUGCAAAGGAGACGUCAAAAGUUCACUUCAAUGCGUCCACAAACUUGUUUCAAGACUUUGACUUAAUUUUCUGGUCCUUGGCAACUGAAAACUCGUAUAAGCCCAACUAAGGAAGACUUUCUAAGCUAAUGACAUAUGACGAUCACGAACAUGACCGCCGUAUUGUAAAGUCAUGCUUGGGAACUACUGAAUGUCCUAAAAGCAGUUGUCCAUAUUAUGGAAGGGUAACUAGACCUCGUACCAGAGAGACUGCUAUAAGACAAAGUAAAUGUCACCACUGAGAGACGCUUUUGAACUGGAUUAAAUGUGAGGUAAAAGUAGAGUAUGUCUUUAAAAUAAAAGCCAGAACUUGUACCAUCUAUGAUGUAUAUUACAAAUAAGAAUUGCAGAAUAAGACACACCCAUGGUUUAUACAACUCUAAGCAUCUUUUACGACAGAAAAGUGUUGAGUUCUGAAUUUGGCAUUAUCUUUUGCUCUCCUGAAAUGACAAAAUAUAAUUUGCCCUUUGACAAGCACCCCAUUAUCACGGAUGCUACUUACAAAGCGGCGUCCUCCAGUUAUUAUCUGGUCUCAUCCGUUAUCUACGUUGAAGAAAUGAAAAAGUAUAUGGUGUUUUUUCAAGCUGUCAUCAAGCACCAAACUGCCGAACAGUUUGCCUUCUACUUCAAGCGUUACUUAAGAACUGACCAACGAGGUUUUCAACAAGCCUGCGAAAAGCACUUCAAUAUGGACGAUAAAUCAUCUUUCUCAUUAAUUACAGGAUGUUAUUUUCAUUGUCCAAAGAAUUAUCAAAAUCCAGAGAAUUGUUCCUGCCGACGUUUCCUGAUUGCCGUAGCCGGUUGCAAUGGUGGUUGGAUGACCAUGUUUGACCUACUAUUUUCAACUACGAUUCGAAUAUGGUGUGAUGUUUGA